CAAACCUCAUGAAGUCUGGCCCAAAGUUGCUCGCGUUCAUUCUUUUGAUCAAAAAGAAUCUGGUCGAGAUGGCUUCCACGUGCUGUACCGUCUUCUGAACUCUCAAUUUUACGUUCCUCAGCAAUGAUUUGAUCGAAAUCGCGAGCUGCCUGUGCAAUAAUUUCCUUAAGUUUCUCUUCGAUCCACAUUUUAAAGUUUUCUUUUAUGUACAAGAAAGAUAUACAAGGAGAAAUAGAUAAUUUCUUGCGCGUUUGAUAACUAUCUUUUUAUUUUAUUUUUUCGGGGAACCCGCUCCUUCUUUUUCGUCAUAAUUUACAUACUCAAUAUACCAGCACAACAUACUCAAUAAUGGAAUCAGCAGCAUCAACAACGCCAACAGCAUCAGCGACAAUAGUAGCAGGAACACCCACCGACAAACCUGAAAAAUCAGAGAAGCCAGCAAAGCAAAAAGGCAAACGAUCACGGAAAAAUGCCGCAAAAGACAAGCCUAUAAAGAUCAAAUUGACAACAAGAGACAAUAGUGGAGUGGCGACGACGACUGGAAGAGCAGCAGCAGCAGCAGUAGCCGUUGCAUCGGGCAGUGGUAGUGGUGGUAGUGGCCAUCAAUCAACCAUGAGCGGAUCCGAAGAUGAAGACGAGCCAGAAGCAGCAAUCGAAGAACAUUUGAUUUUACGAUUACCGCAAGGCGAAACCUGUGAGCGGUUACGAGAAAGUGUACGAAAGCGAGAAGUGCCGGACGACGUGAAACUUACAAUGAAAGAUAGUAGACGAGGAUACUUUUGGAUUGGCGGGCGAAAGUAUGAUACGACGUUGAUGGAUUUGCCUACGAUCAUUGAAUCGCAAAAAACCUUUGAUAAGAAGCAAUUUUACAAGAUCGCCGAUAUAUCACAGAUGCUCUUAGUCGAUGAUGGAACUACUCCAUCAGAAGAAGCAAAUAGCCGUGUUAGCAGUAGCGAUCCCUAUAUGUUUCAACACGGCCUGACACCACCAUUAAAGUAUGUACGACGACGAAGAUUCCGCAAGAAGCUUUCUAAACGUGCGAUCGAAGAAGUUGAACAAGAAGUCGAACGGUUAUUAGAAGUAGACGCACAAGCAGAAGAUGUGCAAUAUGAGGUGUUUGAUAAUCGAGAACUGGAAAUGGAGAAUGAAUCGGAUGGCGGAACUCUUGAUAUUGAUAUGAGCGAGCCACCAGAGAGCGAAAGCGACGACGAUCUGGCUGCAGCUAUUGACCGUGAUUUGGAAGAACUCGACGAAGAUGAUCGAGAGGAUGAGGAUAAUGAAGAUGAGGACGAAGAGGAUGAAGACAGUGAUGAAGAGGAAGACGAAGACGAACGAGGUGAUACUGGUGAGAUUGAACAAAAACGACAAGAGAUUGCAGAAAUCAAACAAGCUAUUCAACGCAAGAGCGACAAUCUAAAGACAGCACCAAAUGCAAUGUUAAAGGUAAAGAAAAAGAGGUGGACAGUCCUGAUGGGAAAAAGUAAACUGACUAAACACACUUUUUUGUACGUAUAGAAACGAUUUGAGGAUGACUUGGAGAAACUCAAGAAGGAGCUUGCAUUGAAGGAAGCAUACUUGGCAGAGAUGAACAAGGAAAUCAGCAAACAGCAGCAAUAAACAACCAUAAUAAAAGUCAAGAGUGUUUUAUUGAUACUUUACGAAAAAAAAAAGAACUUGUUUAUACGUAAAGAAAGCAGUUAAAAGUGACAAUGACAAUAGCCUAGAGUGCCCAGAGUAAGUAUAUGGACCGCAUGCACAUACACACGGAUACUACACAGUGCACCUAGUUUUCAGUGUGGAAAUACAGCACUGCAGAAAAUUACUUUUCCGCAACGUUGAAUUAUUUUUUAUUAUCAUUUUCUUUUUUUAAAUAAUUGAGAGCCAACUAAGUUGGCUGCGGAAAAAUUGCCGUAGCACUCCCGAAGGAGUACUACAGACGGGUUAUUGGUUAUAGUUUUCAACCAGCAAUAAACCAGCAUCGGUAAGACCUCACUUGCGUGGUUUUGCC